UGUUAGCCUGCUUCUCGUCUUCUCUGAAAAUUAGGGUUAAGUAGCGAAUCACGAUCCGAUCUCAUCUUCUCCGCUCUCUCUGUGUGUUGUAGAAGAAGAUGUCAGAAGAGGUUGAGUACCGCUGCUUCAUUGGUGGCCUUGCGUGGUCAACUUCUGAUCGUGGUCUCAGAGAUGCCUUUGAGAAGUAUGGUCACCUCCUUGAAGCCAAGGUGGUACUUGACAAGUUCUCUGGGCGUUCUCGUGGUUUUGGGUUCAUUACUUUUGAUGAGAAGAAAGCUAUGGACGAAGCUAUUGCUGCGAUGAAUGGGAUGGAUUUGGAUGGGCGAACUAUAACUGUUGAUAAAGCUCAGCCACUUCAGGGUGGGUCAGGCAGGGAUCGGGAUCAUGAUGGUGACCGCAGCCGUGACCGUGAUCGUGGGUAUGACCGUGACCGUAGCCGUCCCUCUGGUGGGCGAGGUUCAGGAGGUGGAGAUUGCUUUAAAUGUGGCAAGCCUGGACAUUUUGCUAGGGAGUGUCCUGAUGAGUCCGGUAGAGGUGGUGGGGGAAGGUACAGCUCCAGGGAUGAUAGGUACAGUGGUAAAGAUGACAGGUACGGUGCUAAGGAUGAUAGGUACAGCUCAAAGGAUGACAGGUAUGGUGCUAAGGAAGAUAGGUAUGGUAGGGAUGGUGGAAGAGAUGGCGGUAGGGAUCGCUAUGGACCUGAUCGCAAUGGCGAUCGCUCUGGAGGACGUAGCAGGGAUGGUGGGAGCCGUGGAGGUCCAGGAGGGGAGAGGCACAGUCGUGCUCCAUACGAGCGCCCCAGAGCUGGAGGCUUUCACUAAAUUUCUUCCAAAUGUGAAAGAAGUGGAAGGUUUCUGCUUUCGGCUCUCAAGUGGGAAGUUAAAGUUACGCUGGAUGGUCUAUGGUUCGUCAAUGGAUUUGUUGGAUAGCUCAAGAAAGAAGAUGUGUCUCUGUUUUGGUCCUCGACUAUGUUCUUAAAAGUGCUCUCCUUUUGAUAUGUUGGUCCGUAUGGAAACCUUGUGCUUGGUUGAUUUGAGACAAUUUGAGAUGUGCUACUUUAUGCUUAUCGUAAUGAACGACAAAAUUUGCAAAAAGCGUCAGGAUCAUUGAUACUUGGGUUUACCCACCGGUCUAUAGAACUUGUGAUGGAAUUGGGAAAUAUACACGUUACUGAUACUUUGGCUAGUGGAACUCAAAACACAUCCCUUCAUGAGCAACCAAUGUCUCUGUCACUUUUCAGGGGAAAAAGAGAAAGAUCCCUGUGCAAGCAAUUAUAGAUAGUUUCAUGUAGUUCCUGGUCGUUGGUGGCUCGUCUAGUUUAUGGGACAUCUAUCUAUUUGUUGUGGGCUCUCUACUCCUCUUCGUGACCUCUAUAGGCAUAAUCGUUGCCGGCUCGUCUAGUUUAUGGGGAUCUCUCUAAUUCUGUGGGUUCUCCACUUCUCUUUGUGUCUCCAAUAGAGCCAUGAUCGUUGGUCGCUCGUAUAGUAGUAUAUGGACAACCUAUCUAUUCGUUGUGGGUUCUCUACUCUUCGUGCCUCUGCGUCCAGUCCGCUUCUCGUCUCUUUGCUCGUGGCCUCCCCCUUAAUUAUUUAUUUGGCACAUACUUUUACUUGUCUAUAUAGAUGCUUUGAUUCCACUUUAAUAAUCUGUAAUGUAGAUGCUAUUGUGAUUCAACCAUUUUAACAUAAACAAAGACCUAGUAGUCCACAUGAGUUCUGCCAGGACUAGCGUAGUAAACAUUGACUAUACUAUUUUAUAUCAAUAGAAUAGUACACUUGCUCUCCCUCU